UUCACACACUAGCCGACUACGUAAACAAUGUGAAAUAAAUGUGAGUUUCCUUCUCAGGAAAGUUAUUAUUGUAUGUAUUAAACGUUGUGCCUAUUUAUAAAUUUAAUUCACAUCAUACGUUAUCUUAAAAGAAAUGGCAUUGCCUCAAAAGAAAUACUAUAGGCAACGUGCACAUUCUAACCCCAUUGCCGACCACUGUUUUGAGUACCCUGCUCACCCCGAUGACUAUGACUGGUCUUCAUUGUAUCCAUCAAUCAAAAAUAAUGACAAAAGGGUUGAAUUCUUAGAUGUUGGCUGUGGAUAUGGAGGACUUUUGGUGACUUUAUCUCCAAUGUUUCCUGACAACCUUAUGCUAGGAUUGGAAAUAAGAGUGAAGGUGUCAGAUUAUGUCAAUGAUAGAAUAAAAGCACUAAGGAUACAACAUCCCAACCAAUAUCAAAAUGUGGCAGUUUUAAGAACAAAUGCAAUGAAAUAUUUGCCUAAUUUCUUUCACAAGGGACAGCUUAAAAAGAUGUUCUUCUUAUAUCCAGAUCCCCAUUUCAAGAAGGCAAAACAUAAAUGGAGAAUAAUUAACAAAUGGCUGCUAUCAGAGUAUGCUUAUAUUUUAGCAGACCAAGCUAUUGUGUAUACUAUCACAGAUGUAAAAGAUUUGCAUGACUGGAUGGUUACUCAUUUUGAAGAUCAUCCUUUAUUUGAGAAGAUAUCAGAUGAAGAAUUGAAAUCUGAUCCAAUAGUGGAAAAGCUCUAUGAAAGCACUGAAGAAGGUCAAAAGGUGACAAGAAACAAUGGAGAAAAAUUUCUUGCAGUAUAUAGAAGAAUUUCGGAUGGCACAGCCAAACUCAAAGAUUCUAACUAAAUUUUAUUAAAUAAAACAGUAUUUUGUACUGAA